UCUACAUACGGUUGCGAAUUCCGCCGACCUUCCGGGAGAAGCGAAUGGAGGCCGAGGGGUGAAGCUGUUAGCGUCGCUAGAAUUUGAGAGAUCGGUGGUGAAGGACAGCGUUUAGUUUUUCAGACUAAUAUUAGGUAUAUAUCCAAACAGAAGCGGAAUUAUGGCCUCGCUUUUAUUUUGCGGUCCUAAAUUGGCCGCUUGCGGAAUAGUGAUAAGCAUAUGGGGAGUCAUAAUGCUGGUGAUGUUGGGCAUCUUCUUCAGCGCCCAUUCAGCUGUGCUCAUAGAAGAUGUGCCUUUCACUGAGGAAGACAUGCGCAAUGAUAAAAACCCACCACAGGCAAUCUACGGACUGUACAACCAAGUUGGUGUCAACUGCUUUAUCGCUGCGGCCAUCUAUGUGGUGGUGGGAGGCAUCUCUCUCUGCCAAGUGAGACUCAACAAGCGCAAUGAGUACAUGGUGCACUAACUCCCCUUUCUGGAAGAAUGCAGCAUUGCACCACAUUCCACUGCACUGAAAAUGAACUUUACUACCACAUCAGAGUAUAUUGUGAUCUUUUCCAACUCUGUUUCGUUCUGAGGGCCAGCAACAUUACUACUGGCUUCAUAGCUGGGAAAAGACCAUGUGCAUUCUGUUAAAAAUAGUUUACCCUACCCAACCAGCUAAGUAAAACAGGCUUAUAGAUCUAGGACCUCUGGGCUGUUCCUGUUGUGAUUGUGAGGUUUAUGUUAUAAUACCACUGGUAAAAGCUGUGCUGUGUGGUUUUAAUGUCAUCAUUUUGUGCCCCACUUAUUCUAGAAGAAAAAUUGUGUAAAAUUUGAAAAUGGAGCCUGUGGAUUGUUCUGAAGUGAGGUGUAUAUUUAUUGUGUAGCUCUGUUUCCUUUGUGAGAAGAGUACCUUUCCUUGUUUGUACGAGAAAUGUUUGCAAUGUGUUGAUAGACUUUGUCUCGGCAUGAUUUGCCGAAAUAAAAUAUGAAUGUGAA